GUUUCUGUUUCUGUUUCUUAAGAACUCCAUCACUCUUCUCUCCAUCUCUCUCUCUCCAAAAAUGGCCGGAAAACAUUCCUCCUCCAUAACACCCCGCACCAGAUCUCGACUCCUCCUUUUCCUCCUCUCUCUCCUACCCCUCUCUCUCCUCUUCUACACCAUCUCCUUCUUCACAUCUCCUUCCGAUUCCCUUCCGCUCCGGUCCUCCCCAAACUCUAACCCCAGCGCCGACUACUCCUUCGUCGCCUCCCUCGAGAAAUUCCUCGCCCAAGAACCUCGCGCUCUAUUGGAUGACACCGUGGCUUCAGCGAGCGAACAAGGCGUGACGAAGCUGGACGAUAUGAUUUGGAAAACAGAGACCGAAAGGCUCUACGGCGAUCCGCUUUUUCCUCCUCUUAGGGUUUACGUUUACGAGAUGCCGAAGAAGUUCACGUACGAUCUGCUGACGUUGUUUUGGAAUACGUACAGAGAGACGUCGAAUCUCACUUCGAAUGGUAGCCCUGUGCAUCGUCUGAUCGAACAGCAUUCUAUUGACUAUUGGCUGUGGACGGACUUGAUUGCACCGGAAUCUGAAAGGCUUCUGAAAAAUGUUGUAAGAGUUCAUCGUCAGGAGGAGGCAGACCUCUUCUACAUUCCAAUUUUCACAACCAUCAGCUUUUUCUUGAUGGAGAAGCAGCAAUGCAAGGCACUUUAUAGGGAAGCUUUGAAGUGGGUAACAGAUCAGCCCGCAUGGAAGCGAUCUGAAGGAAGAGACCAUAUACUUCCAGUUCAUCAUCCCUGGUCUUUCAAGUCUGUUCGCAGAUAUAUGAAGAAUGCAAUUUGGCUGUUACCAGAUAUGGACUCCACAGGGAACUGGUACAAGCCUGGGCAAGUUUCACUUGAGAAAGACUUGAUACUUCCAUAUGUCCCCAAUGUUCAUUUGUGUGAUCCAAAAUGCUUGUCCGAAAGUGAAACCAACAGAAAGACACUCUUAUUUUUCCGAGGGAGGCUUAAAAGAAAUGCUGGAGGAAAAAUACGUUCUAAACUUGGGGCUGAGCUUAGUGGUACUGAGGGUGUCCAAAUAGAAGAAGGGACGGCUGGAGAAGCAGGCAAACAAGCGGCUCAGGAUGGCAUGCGCAAGUCCAUCUUUUGCCUAAGUCCAGCUGGCGAUACUCCGUCAUCUGCCCGAUUGUUUGAUGCUAUUGUGAGUGGGUGCAUCCCUGUUAUAGUUAGUGAUGAACUAGAGCUUCCUUUUGAAGGAAUACUUGAUUAUCGGAAGAUAGCUCUGUUUGUUUCCUCCAGUGAUGCUGUGCAGCCGGGCUGGCUUUUAACAUUCCUUAGAAGUAUUAGUCCUUCUCAGAUCAGAGAAAUGAGAACGAAUCUAGCUAAGUACUCAAGACAUUUCUUGUACUCCCAUCCUGCUCAACCUUUGGGUCCUGAAGAUUUGGUUUGGCGAAUGAUGGCUGGUAAGUUGGUGAACAUCAAGCUUCACACUCAGAGAUCCCAGCGGGUGGUGAAAGAAUCUAGAAGCCUGUGCACUUGUGAUUGCAGGCGUGCCAACCUCACAAGCCCGGGUGAUGAAAGAAUCUAGAAGAAUGGUUUUCGGUUACUCUUCUAUCACGUUAGGGUAUCAUGGCUGCAAAUGCUAGAAGAGGAGUUACUACUUGGUAUUCUUUUGCAGUGUAAUUUAUGUGAAUUGCUUAGUUAGGCGAAAGAGAGAUAUGUGGGCCAUUUUCUUUGUACAAACACAGGUGAUCUCAAUCAUCACGUGACUGACAAUUCCAGAUCAAGAAGACAAUGAUGAUUCUUUGUGAUUGCGUAGUGA